UUUUACUUGAAAAUGUAACGAGUACCGUGACGGCCCUAUUCCCCGGCUAUAUAUAAUACACGCGCUUAUGUUCAAAACUUCGUCACUAAGAAAAACAAACCCUCUAUAUCCAUGCGAUCUUCUUCAUUCCUUCCAAAUCUUUGAAUAAACCCUAGCUCUUCGGUUCAAAGUUUAAACCUAGCUGUUGCAAUCACUUUGUUGUUCGUUAUCCUACGGACUGUGCGAUGAGCUUCUUGAGGCCCUCGGCGCCGUACCAGUUUCUGGUUGCUUACCAGUCGGUUCGUUGGAUGCCUUGUCAGAGCUGGGCGUUUCUCCGGUGGCCGAAUCUCGAUGCUGUCUUGCGCCUUUUGGUAAUCGUGCUUUUGUGGUCGAUGUUCGCCGAAAUUCGAUUCAUCCCGUCCUCGUCUAUGUACCCUACUCUUGGCGUCGGUGAUCGGGUCUUCAUUGAAAGGGCUUCAUAUUACAUCAGACGUCCUGCUAUACAUGAUAUUAUUAUUUUUCGAGCUCCUAUACAGCAACCUGGAUUUAGGGAGGAAGAGAUUUUCAUUAAAAGAAUAGUAGCAAGAGCAGGAGACACGGUUGAGGUCCAUGAGGGGUCACUGUAUGUCAAUGGGAUUUCCCAGAAUGAAGAUUUUAUAGCUGAGCAACUAAGAUAUUCAUUGAAUACAAUUAUUGUGCCUAGGGGUCAUGUUUAUGUGUUGGGUGACAACCGUAAUAACAGUUAUGAUUCUCAUAUUUGGUUAGUAUUUUGUGCAACAAUAGUUAUGAUUCUCAUAUUUGGGGACCGCUUCCUGUUAAAAAUAUUGUUGGAAGAUAUGUCAUGUCUUGUUCUAGGCCUUCAGGCAACUCUUCGUAGAAAGAUGGUAGGCUGGCUUGAGAUUGUAGGAACCAAAUCACUGGCAAUAACCUGCUGGGUUUUCUGGGCUUAAAGGCAAACCUGACAAUUUCAGACAGGUGGGAAUCUAUGCUAUUUAAGACCUAGGCUUAAGAGCAAGGUCAUUGAGAGUUAGGUUUUCAAAAUAAAGACUGGAUAUUGCAGCUUGUUGAUUUAAGAUUUUCAAAAGCUCAUGUCAAAUUUAGAAAAGAAAUAGGAGGGCCUGUUUUUAUAUCAUUUUUAUGUUUUUUUUAAUGGUGGUUUUCAAAAUUGAAAACUCUGGAAGCCACAUUUUUAUAUAAUGAUGAGAAUGAUUUUUGAAACUAGUGAAAAUAACAUUUUUUAAUUUUCUAAAAUCUAGACAUUUAAAGACAAUUUUCCUAGUUCAAUUCAUCAAAUAAGUCUCUCUAGUUUUUUUGGGUUUGAAACUGAGAAAAUAGUUUUCAAAAUCAUGACCAAACAGGCCCUUAAAAUCUCUUUAGCCACUUGUGGAAGUCUCACCUAAAACAAAUGAAUAGAAUCACAAAUAAAGUUUGUGGAUGUUCAACUUGUGUUGUCGCUUUCAAAACCAAAAAAAAAAAAGUUUCUCAUCUUGUCUCAUUUUGUUUUAGGGUAGAUUGCCCCACACCACUUGUGGUUUGGGCCUUCUGCCCAAACACCCCAUGUGUUUUGGGCAUUUGAUGUUAAUUAAUGUUUGUGAUGGAGGGGGUGUCCUGGCAAUAAAGGAAAUAUAUAGGAACUUUGGCAAAAAAUAAACUGCCUUGGAGGUAUGGGCAAAAGGUACAAAUUACAAGGGGUGUGAGGAUAAUUUUCCCUUUGUUUUAAGGACAUGCUUGUGUAACUUAUUAAGAGGAUUUUGCUUUGUAGGGAGAGGUGGAAAUAGGGUCUUAUGGACCUUCCUUUGGCUCAAUAGACAAUAAGCAUUGAGAAGUCUACUAGGGUGGAUUCAUAUGGAUGGGAAUUUGUUGUUAUGGAGAGUACCGAUGACAAAGUAUUUUAUUCCUUGGUGAAAAACCCAUGGUCAAAAGUGCAGUGAUAAUUGACCUUCCCUGGUCUUAGUUCUGCCGUUAGGACCAUUCAACCAGUGGCCAUGAUAAGCGGAACUUGCUCUAUGGGAAUGGCAACGACUUGAUGCUUGUAAGUUUGAAGAAGCAUGCAGGUAUUUACUGGGCCAAGCAGCAGGCAUGAUAUGGUAGCAGAGAUGGCUGACAGAACCAAUAGAAAUUUUAGUAUUAGUAGGCGGAGAAAAAUAACAAAUUGUUGUGCAUCUGAACCAGAUACCAGUUUGAUAUUAUGGUAUCUUAAUAUUGAUGUGGACAAAAAACUUGUUAAAUAGAUUAUGUGAACGUCGGACUUGGGUUUUGUGAUUUAUUUAAAAAUUAGUUUCAAAAGAUUUGCCUUGACUUCUUUUUAAGUUGACCAUGUGAUUGGCAAGCCAUCUUUAGAUCUUCAAACCUUUCAAAAAUAGGAAUAAUGGCAGAUCUCUACUACACACCUUUUCUUCCUUUUCAAUGAGUUGACUUCCCCAGAUUGAGAAUGAUGUGUGGCAUUCUCCCAAGUCAUAAUGCAUCAGAACGUAAUGGAAAACUCACUUUUAAGUGGGAAAUUUCCAAAACCCUUUUUUAAUUUUGAAGAAUGAAAUAGAAUAGCUCUAGUCAUUUGUUGCUUUAUCUUUAUUAUCAGAGUGAAAGAGUUGUGAUUAAGGUGUUCAGAUUGUGUUUGCUGCAAGUUGCUGGAAAUUUUGGAUGUCAGGAUACUUGAAAUUUGUAAAUUAUUUAAUCUGUUUAAAGUAUCUAGUUUAACAAUGUGUCCAAGACUGAGUCAAGAAAUAUUUCGCAUCACAAGAGAAAAGGAGUUCAAAAGGAAAAAGGUUUUUAUUUUUCAUGCAUGUCAGUGUUCCAGAUCUCUGAUUAUUUUCGAUGAUAGGGUCUUUGAAGCUCCAUUUUUGCAUAAUUGGAAAACCAUAUAGGUAAAUAGGCUAGGAGGAAUAUGGGGACUCGGGAGUGUUGUUAAUGCCUAGUUUUUUGUUGCUAAAGAUGGACCCACAUAAUUUCUUGUCUUACUAAAUUAGCUCAGUUUCACUAUAACUGUUGGGAUCUGGAUCUCCUGGUUCCUUUUGUCCAUUGGUUCUACCCUCUUUUCUUAUCUUUUAUUUUUACCCAAGUAGAAAGUAGGUUCAGUUUUGUUCAACUUUAUAUAAUAAAAUACUUCCAAUCUUAAAAUUUUCUAUGUUGCAAUUUAUGUGUCUGGAAGAAUAUUUUGUGAGGUCAUGGCACUAGAUGAAUGUUUCUAAGAGAACUAGGCGACUCUGGCUAUAUUGACCACUAUAACAUGACUUGAAGGUGUUGCCCUUAAACAAGAAGGUAAACCAUGACAGCGUUGUAUUAUGUUCAAUACAAUAAUCAUUAAUAUACUUGAUUUUGAAGCCUUUUCGACUCUAUUUCUGAUAUAAAGCUGAAGGGGGGUGUGGAUGUCUCUGAAGAUUGAACAUUCAAACUCCCUCCCCCUCCUCUCUAUCCAUGAUCAGCAUAUCUGAGGCAAGAUCAGGAGUACUUUAACCAUAGUAGUCUACAAAGUUUGAAGCCAGACUUCUGAAUGUUUUCAAUUUGGAUUUGAUACUGUUGGUAAACCAUUUUUGUAAGAAAAUACACUUCAAAUUAGUAGUGUCCAUGGAUUCAAAUAGAUUUGAGAACUGAACUGUACCAAUGUCUUUGGUUUGGUUUUUUUAUAGUUUGUUUCUAUUCUAGUUCGAAUAUUCUUUGGCCCCAAUUAAAAUCUGUUAGGUUCUAAGUCUACCCUUCAGGUCCAUGGACUUGAGCCAAACUGAUCCAUAUAUACAAAAAUAAAUUAAAAAUAUAAAACAUAUUACAUAAUAACAUGAUAGUAGUAAGUAUUUAGUAACUUAGGAAAUAGGAAUCCAAGCAAAAAAUUAGUAAAUAGUAAUAGAGAGAAUUUAUCUUCUAUAGUUAUGUUGACUAUUGGUAAACUGGGUCAUUGUCAUGUUUUUUUCUUUUUGUUUCGUCUUUUCGGAAAGGAAUGAAGAAUUUUAUUAAUGAUAGAUUAAUACAAAGGAACCAAAUCCAGAAGCCUCAACAGACUGAGAGCCGGGAGAGUGAACAACUAACGGCACUACCCAAACCAAAACCAACAAAUACAAGUACUAAGCCAGCUACGCCUACUAUACCUCAACUACUGUAAAGAAUCAUCAGUAACAAAACGUAUAGCCAUGGUACAUAAACGUAAUUAUUUAGCGAAGAAUUAGGAUGUUAUUUCAUGUCUACUUAUUGAUGUUUUCAUUCUAAAUCAUUAAUUUCUUUUCUUCAUUUCUCUGUAUGAAGUUCUUUGGUCAUUAAGCACUUGAAAAUGCCUUUAACAAAUCUAAGACUGUGAAUGUAGAACACCCAUUGUGUUUGUGCCUGGUGACUGAUGUACUACUUUUCCGGCCCAUGCAGUUUAUUGAUGAAAGCGUCGAUAUCUUGCUGCUGGUAAACUUUGCUUAAGCAAGAGCGUAAGUUUGGUGUUUUGAGAAUGCAUGAAUUUAUGAAAUCGAGUUGUUUUGUUUUCUGUUCACUCCCAUAGUACUCUCUGACCCAUAGUACUCUCUGUCAUCAGAAUAGCGUAAUGUUUUAAACAGCAAUCUCAUAUUUUUCUUCCCGUGGAUCCAUCAGCAAGUCAGAGUAUUCUCCAUUAGCGAGUGAUGGUCAAGUGCGUGGAAAAUGUUAUGUUAGGGGUGUGCAAAAUUUCAAUUUAACCGAAAUAACUAAAUCGAAUCAAUUGAAAUUGUCGGUUUAGUUCGGUUUUUGAUAAAAUUCAGUUUGGUUCAUUUUUUUUUUAUUUCAAUUAAUCAGUCUUCGUUCGGUCUUUGGGUUGGGAAUAACCGAACAAACUGAAUUGAUCAUUUUUCUUGAAUGGUGUUUUUGACCAGCACCAGCACUUUCUAUCGCACGCACUAAAGAAAAAAAAAAAGAAAUGUUAGGAAGAAUAACAGAAGUCAGAGAGAAGUAAAACCCCAACCCUUUGCCUCUUUUCGAGUCUUUGAUUUUUUGCCUCUGGCCUUUGACUGACUACCGUCUUGUCCCAGUCUCCUAUUCAUCGUUGUCCACGUCUCUGGCCUUCGAAUCUCUGACUUUCUUUCCAUUCCAUUCCGCCUUCCCCUUCUUCGAUCGGUUACCGAGAUCAAUCCACUUUUCUCCUUCUUUGACCAGAAAUUGAGACCAACGCACCUUUCCCAUCCUCUUUGCUCUAAUCGGCGACCCACAGAGGUGGGUUUCAGUUAGAGUUUUCAUUUUUCAAUUGUUCUGUAGUUUUGGUAUGGGUUUUCAAAUGAUUAUUUAUUGUAAUUUGUAAACUAAUUGUAAUUUACAGCAAGUGUUCUCAUUUGUAAACUGAUUAUUUAUUGUAAUUUGUAAGCUGUAUGAACUGCACAAAUUUACAAGUAGUGAUUGUAAUUUACAGCAAGUGCUUUCAUUCAGUUUAUCAGUUUUUUAGUGUUUUUCGGUUUAGUUAGUUUCUUCGAUUCGUUGGUUUUUUGGUUUGUUCGGCUUGUCGGUUGUUUGGUUGUUUUGUUUUUUUUCAGUUUAUUUAGUAGGUUUGAUUUUUUUUUAUUUUCAGUUUGUUCGAUUUUUAAGUUUGUUCAAUCAAAAAAUUUUAGUUAGUUCGGUAAUUGAACCCAACUAUUUGCACACCCUUGGUUAUGCCAAACCCUUCCUGGCUAUAUAGGUUGGUGAUUUGUACUAGUUCUUGAUUUGCAACAUUUGUUAGUUUGGACAUAGGAUCAUAGUCACAGAAAUUAUUGGUUGUAGCUAAUUUUGAAGAUCACUCCAAUAUUAUUGUUGUUCUUGUGAUGA